UUUCAAAGAAAAGAAAAUAGACGAGUUCAACCAGCUUCCAACAUUGUCGCGCACCACCACGCCACUUCUCCUUCCCUCCACUCCCCUCCCCUCCCCUCGAUGCGAAUAUUUCUCCCGCGUGGACGCCGUCGCCACCUCUAGUUCCAUCCCCUUCCCCGCGCGGCCCCGGGGUGAUUCCCCUCUCCGAUACAAAUCCCUCCUUCCUCUGCUAGCCGCGCUGUGAUCCAACCCCUCCGUCCCGCUGGGCGUUCUCUCUCCGGUACCCCACCAUGGAUGUGGCAAAUGACACAUGCCCUUCGCCGAAACUUCACACAAGACUCAGGCUGUGGGAGUAUGCUGACCGUUAUAUGUUUGAACCAGUUGAUGGUCUUGCUGACUUGUACCUGUCAGUUAACCGGACCAAUGGAUCGAUGAAUCUAGUGGAAGAGUUGCCACAGCGUGCCCCCUCUACAAAUCCAAAAGUUCAGAUAGUGUUUGGUGUGAUAGGAGUGCUCAAACUUGCAGUUGGGACAUAUUUUCUGGUGAUCACAGACCGUGAUUGUGUUGGAUCCUACUUGGGACAUGCAAUUUUCAAAGUGACAGGUCUAAAAGUUCUGCCCUGCAAUAAUUCCCUUAACACUUCUUCUGAGCAGAAAAAAAUGGAAACAGAAUUUUCGGAACUCCUGGAUGCUGCAGAGAGGACUAUAGGCCUGUAUUUCUCCUAUGACACCAACUUAACACUAACUUCACAGAGGCUACAUGAUCUAGGUGAUGAGUUCAAGUCACUUCCACUUUGGAGACAGUCAGAACCAAGAUUUCUGUGGAAUGGCUACUUGUUGGAGCCUCUUAUUGAGAACAAACUGCACCAGUACUUGUUACCAGUUAUUCAAGGAAGUUUUCAGAACAUUCAUACAGAAGUUAAGUCAGAAAAGGUGAAUGUGACUCUGAUUGCACGCAGGUGCACACGGAGGAUAGGUACUCGGAUGUGGAGACGAGGAGCUGAUCCAGAGGGUUAUGCAGCAAAUUUUGUUGAAUCAGAGCAGAUAAUGCAAUCAAAAGGAUUUACAGCAUCCUAUGUACAGGUUCGAGGUUCUAUGCCUUUUUUGUGGGAGCAGAUUGUUGACUUGACAUAUAAACCCAGUUUUGACAUUGUUAGAGUAGAGGAGGCGCCUCGUGUACUUGAGCGGCAUUUCCAUGAUUUACAAAAGAAAUAUGGAGCUGUUGUAGCAGUGGAUCUUGUCAAUACACAUGGUGGUGAAGGACGACUCUAUGAAAGAUAUGCAAAAUCUAUUGAACCUAUACUCAGUGAAGAUAUAAGAUUCAUACAUUUUGACUUCCAUCAAAUCUGUGGUCAUAUUCACUUCGAGCGCCUUUCUCAGCUCUAUGAUCAACUUGAGGAUUAUCUUAAGAAGCAUAGGUACUUCCUUUUGUGUGAUAAAGGCGAGAAAAUUGAACAUCAGACUGGCACUGUCAGGACAAAUUGUGUCGAUUGUUUAGAUCGUACUAAUGUAACUCAGAGCAUGAUUGGGAGAAAAAUUCUGGAAAGCCAGCUCCAACGAAUUGGGGUUCUUGGUGCUAACGAAGCAAUCAGCAACUAUCCAGAUUUUGAUUCAAAUUACAAAGUUUUGUGGGCCAAUCAUGGAGAUGCAAUAAGCACUCAAUACUCUGGAACUCCUGCUUUGAAAGGAGACUUUGUUCGGUUGAUGGGACGAAGGGUGGUGUUCUUAUGGCUUGGAAAGGAGCUGUUUCUCAGGCCCUUGGCAUGAGAGUGGACAAUUAUUCCGCCUCUGUACAGUUUGCUCAUUUGGACGGGCGCGAUUGGUGGUUUACUAGGGUUUAUGGGCCGCAAGAGGACGCUGGUAAGCUGCUGUUUUUGUAGGAGCUGUGCGAUGUACAUGCUUUGUGUGUUUGCCCGUGGCUUGUUGCGAGGGAUUUUAAUUUGAUCUAUCAAGAACAAUGCGAACUUGAACCAGGCGAUGAUGGGGCGAUUCUGCCGCCUUUUGGAUGACACUAACAUCAAAGAAAUUUCUCUCCUAGGUCGAAAAUUUACAUGGUCAAAUGAAAGGACUUCUCCAACUCGUGAGACUGGACAGGAUGUUUUGCUUGGUGGAAUGGGAGGAUAUUUUUCCAAACUCUUUGCUGCAAAGUGUGGCUUCUAUCGCCUCCGAUCAUUGUCCCCUUAUCCUUGGGCUGAAGGUUAACACUUGUGGCAAGUGCCACAUUCAUUUUGAGAGUUUUUGGUCAAAUCUAGACAGAUUUUAGGAUGCUAUUCGGCAGAAUUGGAAAGCCCCGGUUUCAGCAAUGUGCCCCAUUGAACGGGUCUUUAGCAAAUUGUCGAGGCUGAGCAGAGGCUUGAAAAUUUACAGUCAAAGAAAGGUCGGCAACAUUAAAUCUCAGCUUGCUAUGGCAAAGGAAAUUCUUCACCGUCUUGAGAUAGCACGAGAUGUUUGACAAUUAUCGGUGGAAGAGGACUGGCUGCGACAAAAGUUGAAAAUGCACUGCCUCGGGUUGACCUCCCUUGAGUGCACAAUUGCGUGGAUGUGUUCUCGCAUUAUAUAUCUAAAAGAGGUUGAAGCGAAUACAUCCUUUUUCCAUCAUCAGGCAAGAUAUCGUAAGAGGAAAAAUUUUAUCUCUAAACUCCUAGUGGAUGAUUAGAUUGUGACGAGUCAAGAGGACAAGCAAGCAACUAUUUUUGACUUCUAUUCCAACUUACUGGGUAUAGCCGAGGAGAGAACCAUCUCGUUUGACCUUAGGGCAUUCCAUCAUCAAUAUCAUGAUUUGGAUUCUCUUGAGGAGAUGUUCACGGAAGAGGAGGUUUGGGCAACCAUUAAGGAUCUCCCACGGGACAAAGCGUCGGGAUCCGAUGGCUUCACGGGAAGGUUCUACAAGUCCUAUUGGUCAAUGAUCAAAGAAGAUUUGAUGGAGGCCUUGCUGGCCGUACAUCGAGGAAAGGGAGCCAAGCUGAGGCUAUUGAACAUGGCUUUUCUCACUUUAUUACCUAAAAAGGCUGAUGCCAUACAAGUUAAAGACUAUCGCCCAAUAAGCUUGGUUCAUAGCUUUGCAAAAUUGAUCACCAAAAUCUUAGCCAACCAAUUGGCCCCGAAGCUCUCCUCCAUGGUCUAGGCAAAUCAAAGUGCCUUUAUCGCAAAUGAUGCAUACAAGAUAAUUUUAUGCUUGUGCAUCAAACUGCUAGGCGGCUGCAUGUUCAAAAAGAUCCUCACAUCCUUCUCAAAUUGAAUAGAUCUAAGGCUUUCGACUCAGCUUCGUGGCCUUUUUUACUGGAGGUGUUACAAUGUUUGCGUUUUGGUCGCUGUUGGUGCAAU